CUUUGGCAGUCGUCGUCGCCCGCCCGCCACCUCGCCGCCGCCGACGUCGCCGACGACGACGAACGAACUCUGUUUCCCGGAUUCCGUGCUCUAGUCGCCUGCAUCAUCUUUGAGGUCUGACUGGGCCUGGCAAGCACCGACUACACCACCAAACCCGAUCGGUGCGCUCUCCGCCGACUCUCGAGGUUACCGACGCUUGAGACGUUCCACGGCCGCGAUUCCGCCUGGAUCUUGUAGGAUAUGACUGUGACGCAUCGUAAGAGACAAUAUCAGCCUGAAGAGAUCCAGACUGUGAAUGAGCCUGGUCUUCAAAUUGAAUGUGACGGCUGCGCUCGCGACCUCACUCAUUCCAUUCGCAUAAAGUGCGCAGACCCCGUAUGUGAAGUCGGGGAUGGCGUCGACAUCUGCCCGGCCUGCUUUUGUAGCGGCAAAGAAUUCGCGCAACACAAACGGUGGCAUGCGUACCGGGUGGUGGAACUGCAUUCUUACCCGAUAUUUUCCGAAGAUUGGGGAGCAGAUGAGGAGCUCUUGCUGUUGGAAGGCAUCGCAUUGCAAGGUCUUGGCAACUGGCAAGCAAUAGCCGAACAUGUGGGCACGAGGACGAAGGAAGAAGUGCAAGAACACUAUCAAUCCGUCUAUAUAGACUCGCCCGAUUGGCCACUUCCUCGCAUGGACCGCCACUUCGACGUCGACCCCGCCGACUUCCAGGAGCGCAAACGGCGCAGAAUCUCGACCAUGAACACCAACCCCCCGCCCGCCCCCAAGAUCGCUCCGACGUCCGCCCCCAGCGUCCACGAAGUCGCCACAUUCUUGCCUGGUCGACUCGAGUUUGAGCACGAGCUCGACAACGAAGCCGAAGACCUUGUGAAGGAUCUCGAGUUCGGUAUAUGCCUGCAGUGGGGCGGGGAUCAGAUACCGGAGGACGAGAACGACCUCGACGUCAGGGCUCGAGCUCGAUGGGAGGAAGAGCAGAAGGCCAAAGACACACCUGCCGGCAAGUACCUGCCCAACGGGUUGAUGAAUGGCCUCUUGAACGGCCACCACGCCAACGGCAGCAGCCCAUCGCGGGGAUCUCGAGGCCGGUCAGAGGACACGUCGAAGGCGGACGGCAACACGGAGGAGGGCGAGGGGGAAGAACAGACUCAGCCACCACCAAUCGAGACACCUGACUCCAUCGCCUUCAAGCUGUCGCUCAUUGAGUCGUACAACCAGCGCAUCGACAAGCGACUCGAGAACAAGUCAUUCAUGUAUGACCGGGGACUGCUCAGCUACAAGCAGAUGCAGGCGGCAGAGAAGAAGCGUCCAAAGGAGGAGAAAGACAUCGUUCACCGAUUGCGUCCAUUCGCCCGGCUGCAGACCGCGCAAGAUUUUGAGGACUUCUGCGCAGACAUUCUCUAUGAGUCUCUGCUGAGGAAGCGCAUUGCCGAGCUGCAACACUACCGCAGAAUGGGACUGACAACCGUCGCGGACAUCGACAAGUACGAAGCGGACCUUGCGAAGAGGACUCAGGCGAAGACGAGUCUCUCUCGGGAUUAUUACCCGGAGCGUCUGCCCCACCUACGUCCCGGCGGGCGCCAGUCAUCUGUUUCCGAUGCGCGCACGGACCGUGGGAAGAGCCACGAGCGCGAGUCCACACCCAACAAGCCAGGCGCAUCGGCCCAGGGCACGUCCGGCACCGGUCCUCCAGGGCGGAAGAUGCCUGCCCCUCUCAACCUCGCGAACAGCCCCCUCUUGCACCUGCUCACACCAGAAGAGCAGACGCUCUGCUCACAACUCCGCAUAUUUCCGAAGCCCUACCUCGUCAUCAAGGAAACCCUGGUCCGCGAGUACGCACGGCGCGGAGGGAAGCUGCGUCGGCGAGAGGCACGCGACCUUGUCAAGAUCGACGUCAACAAGACGAGUCGCGUCUGGGACUUCCUCGUCCAGGCAGGUUUCCUGCGCGUUGGUCCUGUCGACCCCGGACCGUCCGCUCAUGGACAGGACACCACUCGCCCAUCGGCGACGCCGUCUCUUAGUGCUUCGCCGAGCAAGGAAUCGCAGAUGCGACUUUCGCCCAGGCCGCCGCCGUUCACGACUACGCCUCUUGGUUCUUUCUCGUCUCUGGCUGGUCCAUCGGGCAGUUGAGCGCAGGUCUCUCUGAAAAUCAUUGUUGUACUCUCAUAGCUGUAUUUGUGCGCCUCCGUAUACCCAACCCUGCAUCUGUACUUUACUAC